CUGAAUCACCUACCGAAGAAGAAGAAGAAAGGCCACAUUGCGCAGGCGUACACCACGUACACCGAUGAUCAGCGCUGUCUUGGCUGGAUGCUAGCUGGCUAGCUGACGGUCUGUCCAGACACACACAUUGGGCUAGAAGGGGGGAAGCGCGGCGGUGGAGAAGAAGGGCGACCCAAGCGCCGCUACGAAAUGGCCGGGCAACAGUUCCAGUACGAUGACAGCGGCAAUACCUUUUUCUAUUUCCUAACAUCUUUCGUCGGACUCAUUGUGAUCCCAGCCACAUAUUACCUCUGGCCCCGGGAUCAGAAUGCUGAACAACUGCGUCUGAAGAGCCUGAGGAGGGUCCAUGGCAGGUGCCUGUGGUACCGGCUCAGGCUGAUGAAGUCACAGCAGAGCAUCGUCCCGACGCUAAAGAAAGCAGCCUUGUUAUUUGGGUGGGCUGUGUUCCUGCUGCUAGCCUACAAGGUGUCCAAGCUGGAUAGAGAGUACCAGGAGUACAAUCCUUAUGAAGUCCUCAACUUGGACCCGGGUGCAUCUCUGUCAGAAAUCAAGAAGCAGUACCGUGUACUGUCACUCAAGUACCACCCUGACAAAGGUGGUGAUGAGGCCACAUUCAUGAGAAUUGCCAAAGCCUAUGCUGCUCUGACCAAUGAACAGUCGCGACAGAACUGGCAAAUGUACGGUAACCCAGAUGGUCCAGGAGCUACCAGCUUUGGUAUUGCCCUGCCUGCCUGGAUUGUUGACCAGAAGAACUCCAUGCUGGUGCUGUUGGUGUAUGGACUAGCCUUCAUGGUCAUCCUUCCUGUUGUUGUGGGCACAUGGUGGUACCGCUCCAUCCGCUACAGUGGAGACCAGAUCCUCAUCAACACUACCCAGCUCUUCAUGCAUUUCAUGUACAAGACGCCAAACAUGAACAUGAAGCGCUUGGCCAUGGUGUUAACGGCAGCAUUCGAGUUUGACCCUCGCAGCAAUAAAGAAGCAACCAUACGGCCAACAGACAACAUCGAAGUGCCACAGUUGAUCCGUGAAUUAGGAAAUAUCAACGUGAAGAAGAAGGAGCCUCCGUUCUGUUACCCUUACAGUUUAAAGGCCAGGGUCUUAGUGCUUUCCCACCUGGCACGUAUGGACGUAUCAGAGGAGUUAGAGGAAGAUCAGAGGUUUGUGGUGAGGAAGAGUCCAGCUCUUCUGCAGGAGAUGAUCAACGUGGGCUGUCAGCUCACCAUGAUGGCCAACAGCAGAGGAGGUUUCCAUGCACCUCGACUGGUGACCAUAGAGAAUUGUAUGAAGCUGACCCAGAUGACAGUGCAGGGCCUGCAGGAGUCAAAGUCACCGCUUCUGCAGCUGCCCCACUUUGAGGAGGAGCACCUCCGCUACUGCAUCUCCAAGAAGUAUAAAGUUCGGAGCCUUCAGGAUCUGGUGAGUCUCAAGGACUCCGACAGGCGCAGCAUGUUGCGUUUCUUGGGGGAGGAGAAGUAUGAUGAGGUCAUGGCUGUUCUGGGCAGCUUCCCUCACAUCACCAUGGAUACCAAACUGCAGGUCCUUGAUGACGAGGACAGCAAUAACAUCACAGCAGGCUCUAUUGUCACAGUAACUGUCACUUUAACCAGAAAACGGAUGGCGGACAUGUUUGAAAAAGAGCAGGAGUCAACGCCGUGUCCAGGAGAGGAGGCUGCUGCUACAGAGGAAGCACAAGGAGACUCGAGUAAAGCCAAACCCAAAGUGUGGCAGAACAAGAGUAAAGGGGCUAAGAAGACAGCCAAGUCCAAGAAGAAAAAAUUAACCAAAAAGAAGGCCACUCCUGCACCUGCAAAAACCAAGCAGGCCAAUGGCAACGUGGCAGGAAAUGAAGUUGUAGCAGCAACAUCAACAUCAGCAUCAGCAGCAGCAGUAAAGGAGGAAGAGGACGAGGCCUCGGACAAGGGCAGCGAGUCCGACGAGGGCGAAGCCAAUAAGGACUCUCCCAGCGAGAGGGACGAAGACAGCGACAAGCAAAGCGACACAGAGGUGGAUGAGAUGGCUGGCGACGAUGAAGAGGAGUGGGAGGCGUUGCAGCAGAGCAUCCAGCGGCGAGAGCGGGCCCUGCUCGAGACCAAGUCGAAGGUGACUCAUCCCGUCUACAGCCUCUACUUCCCCGAGGAGAAGCAGGAGUGGUGGUGGCUCUACAUCGCCGACCGCCGAGAUCAGACCCUCGUCUCCAUGCCCUACCACGUCUGCACACUAAAAGACACAGAAGAGGUGGAGCUGAAGUUUCCAGCUCCCUCCAAAACGGGCAACUACCAAUAUUCUGUCAUCCUCCGCUCUGAUUCCUACCUGGGACUGGACCAGAUCAAACCACUCAAGUUGGAGGUCCACGAGGCCAAGGCCAUGCUGGACAACCACCCACAGUGGGACAUCCCCGACACGGAGGAGGAGGAUGAGGAGCAGGAGGACAGCGACGGCAUUGAGGAGAGUGAAGACGACGACGAGGACAACGACUGAACGCAGACGCACGCACACAAAC